AACCACCGGCCCGUGGUCGGCAUCUUCGAAGCCCUUCUUUCCUUCCAAAUCCGCCCCCGCUUCGGUUUCUUCUAGCACGGGACAAGUCCUCGUCUUCGUCUCCUCCAAAUCCAUCCUCAAAUCCAAGCAGAAAACAGGAAUCAAAACCCGAACCAUCGCUGCAUCCAAUCCAAGAUCUCUUCUUUAUAAGAAAACCCUAGCUCUUCCCCUUGAUUUGCCCGCCAAAGAACGGAAAUUUCCAGUUUAAUCGAUCUCAACGCCUUGGAUCUUCUUCUUUACUCCGAUUUCUUCCGCCCUUUUUGUCUUCUCCGAUCGAGGGUGGGAUUCUUAACACUGAUCUCUGCUUCAAGGUUCCAGUAAUGAGGGUUUUGGUUCGUCUUUGUUCCGAUCUCCCAACUGGAGUCUUCUGCGAUCUCUCUCCUUCGAAAGGUUUGAUCUUUGUGUAUUAAAAAAGUAGGUUUUGUACGCUGGGAAUGGAGAAGAUUGGAGUUCUUGCGGCGAUCAUCUUGGUUUUGGUCGUGGCACGAGUGCCCGAUGCAUCGUCUCGUGUUCUAAUAGCCGAUGGAGCGGGAGGCGAGAAGCCCAACUCGGGAAAGGUGCCUCCGUCUCCUUCUCCGAAUCCUUCACCAAAAGCCAACGCUUCUGAGUCACACCAACCCCGUUCACCUUCUACGAAUUCCACUACAGGGGACCCUAAAACUUCAGCUUCUUCGGCUAAUUCUGCCCAUUUACCGCUACCCAGUGGACCGGAGAAUAACAAGAAUGGUGAAACUUCUAAAGGAAGUGAACGUCGUACCAACUCGAGAAGCCCUAUGGAUAGUCCAGCGGAUUCAUGUCCUGAAUCAUCGAAACAAUGCCAUAUUGCUGAAUUGAUUGCUUGUCUUCAACAUCCUAAAAAAGAUUCCAAGGGAUUAUUACUUUUAGUCCAGAAUACAGGAGAGGAUAUUAUGACUGUGAACAUUAAAGUAACACAUCAUAUCAAAAUUAAUGAUGAGGAGAUACAAAUACCCAAAAGGAAUAUUACAAAGAUUUCAAUAAAUGCUACGGAAGGCUUGGAAAUAUUUCUAAGUGCUAGAAGUGAGAAUUGCACCCUUCACACCAAGGCUUCUGACUGGAAUCUUUUCCAGGACUUUCCUGCUUAUGCGACCCAUCUGACACCCAUUUAUGGUGCCUACUUUUUGUGUGUUACCAUGGUUAUUUGUGGAGGUACAUGGGCUUGUUGCAAGUUUAGGAGGGGAAGGAGAGUGGAUACUAGAAUACCAUAUCAGCAGCUUGAGAUGGGAGCACAAACACAGUCUAGUUCGGCAGUUGUUGGCUCAAACACAGCAGAUGGUUGGGAUGAGGGCUGGGGCGAGGAUUGGGAUGAGGAAGAAGCGGCGCCACAGCCUUCAGAAAAACAUACCACGGGAAGUGUUUCAGCGAAUGGUCUCACUUCAAGAUCUCCCAGAAAAGAUGGGUGGGACAUGGAUUGGGAUGAUUAGUCUCUCAACAAAACCAGAAAGAAAGUUGUUUUUUAGGGAGAGGGAAAGGAUCAUAAGCUGUUCCUAGAAGAAAGUUAUCGAUGCUGUGACUUGCCUGGGCAAAAUUGCAUAUGAUAGUGCCAACAAAAGAUGGUCAUGUUUAGGAUAUUCAGCCUAUUUGUAGAAGAAGAAAACAGGAGUAUUUUUUGGAAGAAAUUUUGUACGAUAGAUUUUUUUUCCCUUUUUAUGUUUCUAAUUGGUGCUUGAACAAGAAGUCUGCUAGUUGAAUUGGAAACCCUUUAGGGGCUGUAUCUAUUUAGCUUUCCACAAAGGCUUGUGAGUUAAGAGGACCUUCCGUGCAGAUAUCAGAUGGGAUCUGCCUGGCUGCCACCUGCCCAUCCUUGAUGAGGAGUUCUAAUCCAACUUGGACAGUCUUAAUACUACCAAUGCUCCACCCAUCUGCCAAGUCCAUAAGCUAUUAUAGCUUUCCUACUGCCAAGGGUACACAGUGAAGCACCAAUGCAGCACUAAUUACCAUUGUUCAAGAUCUGUACUUUUUGAAUAAAAUAAGCAGAACAAUGUGGAUUUCCAGGAUGUUGCUAUUUGUAAUCUAUAUCGGGGCCACCUGAUGUCUGUUUGAAGUGUUAUAAUUAUGUAUUGUGACAGUGAUAUUGUCAUUGUACUUUUGUUGUUUGCUUCAAAAUGUCUCAGAUUUAAUUUAAGAAGGAAAUUAGAUAA